UUGCUUGAUUGCCGCCAGGGGCGCCAGCAACAAUUCUAACGUACGGAUAUCUGUGUCGUAAAGCGGCAUAUUUACAGAUAACGCUGUAUUUUCAUCUCCACGCGAUGCAUAUAUACUUUUGUGGAAGUAUUAGGGGGGGAAGGCAGGAUGUGAAGAUUUAUCAGAAUAUUGUGAAGAAGCUGCAGACCUAUGGGACGGUUUUGACAGAGCACGUGACCCACGUGGCUAUAUCAGAGAAAGGUGAGGAUGCUGUAUCAGGCGGAGACGAGGCUAUCUAUGACCGUGAUAUGGAGUGGCUGGCUCAGUCUGAUGUCGUAGUUGCUGAAGUAACCCAACCAUCUUUGGGCGUGGGUUAUGAAAUUGGUCAAGCCAUGGCCAUGAAAAAAAGGAUUCUGUGCCUUUUCCGACCCUCAUCAGGAAGAGUCCUGUCUGCAAUGAUUCGAGGUGCUGAGGGCAAGUUGGGCGGCACUCUCUUCCAGGUACAGGAUUAUAAGGAAGAGGAUGUUGAAGGCAUCCUGGAGAAUUAUUUUGGCGAACUCACCAAGAACUAAUGUCCAUUAAAAAUACACUAUAUGGCCAAACGGAUGUGACCUUCUGGACCAUUACAACUAAAUGCUCUUUUUGAACAUCUUUCCAAAACUAUGGCCAUUAAUAUGAAGCUGCUUUCUGUGAAGGCUUUCCACUAGAUCUUGAACAUGACUGUGAAGAUUUGUCCGUUCAGCCACAAGAGCAUUAGUGAGGUCAGCAUUGAUGUCGGGUGAGGAAGCCUGGUACACAGUAUGAGGUCCAUUUCAUCCCAGGUCAGGACUGUCAGAACAUGGGCCUCACUUUUUACACAGACGCAUUGUCAUGAUGAAACAGGUUUAGGCCGCUUAGUUCCAGUUGAAGGGAAACAUAAUGCUACAGCAUACAAUGAUAUCCUCUUUAAUUGUGUGGUUUCAACUGUGUAAUAAGAGUUUGGGGAAGACCCACAUAUGGUGUGUUAUGGUCAAGUGUCCACAUACUUUUGGCCAUGUAGUGUAGAUCACUCAUAAUGUAAUGAGCAAGUUCAUUAUCCAGCUCUAAAAUGCUUUUUCAAUUUAACAGAGGUUCUUGAGUUUUAUAUAAAGUAUGUAAAGUAUAAACUAUAAAGUAUAUGAUGCUUUCAUAUUUUGUUAAAAUAUGACUUUCAAAAAGAAAAUAAGAUUUAAAAUAAGAUAUCACAAGCACAAAAUCAUCAUAAUAAAGUGUUACUGUUCAUAAUUUUUCCA